GUUAUGUUAUUAAUAAUGGAUUUGUAAUAAAAAACAUUUUAUGUAAAUGAAAUCAAGAUAAAUCUCUUACUUAUAUUCCAAGAAUUCAUACGAGAAAGCUACUCGUGUAGUGAAAAUGCUUCCAAUGCAUAACUGCCGAAAAACAAGUUCCUUCCGAAAUUAUCUAUGUUUUGUUUAUAGAAAAAAGAGUAGCUUAAGGUUAUGGGAAGAAGAUAUCAGUACUGAAAUUAAACUAAACAUAGAAAAACAUUGGGCAGAUGACGUGAAGAGAUCAAAAAGCAGUAACAACAAGAAGCCAUAUUAUGUCUUGCCCAUGUUUCCCUACCCAUCAGGAAAUUUGCAUAUGGGGCAUGUAAGAGUGUACUCCAUAUCAGACACCAUUGCGAGAUUUGAGCGAUUGAAUGGAAGGAAUUCAAUUCACCCUAUAGGCUGGGAUGCUUUUGGCCUACCAGCAGAAAAUGCAGCUAUUCAACGAAAUAUACCUCCAUAUGACUGGACAAAAUCAAACAUUAAUUCAAUGAAACUUCAGCUGAAACAGUUGGGGUUUAGUUUUGAUUGGAAUAGAGAAAUAUCUACAUGUGAUCCUAAUUAUUACAAAUGGACACAGUAUAUAUUUUUAAACUUAUUUGAAAAAGGUUUAGCUUACCAGAGUAAGGCUCAAGUGAACUGGGACCCUGUUGAUAAAACUGUGCUCGCCGAUGAACAAGUUGAUGACCUUGGCUGCUCAUGGAGAUCCGGUGUUAAAGUUGAAAAGAAAUAUUUAACUCAGUGGUAUAUAAAAACUACAAAAUAUGCCAAAGAUUUGUAUGAUGGACUUGAAAAUGAAGUUUUGGAAAAUUGGAAAGAUAUUAUUAACUUACAAAAACAUUGGAUAGGUGAAUGUGAUGGAGUUGUUGUGACUUUUAAAAUGAAAGUCAAUAGUGAAAUUAAAUCUUUUGAUAUUUGGACCUCAGAGCCCUAUAAAUUUAUUCAUGGUGAUUUCAUAACUAUGAGUUCAAAUCAUCCAUUGGUUCAAGACUUGAAAUCUCAUGAGACUACUGGACUGAAAAGCUAUAAUCCAAUAUCCAAUAGUGAAAUACCAGUAUACUUAACUGAUGACAUAAAUUAUCCAGUAGGUAGGGAUGUUCUUAUUGGUUGUUCUCAAGUUGACAAGGAAGACCAAAAAAUAGCUUUGUCACUAAAUGUACCUAUUAACAACGAUUGCCAUGCUGUUGAUAUUGAAAAUGAAAAUCGACAGGCAGUGAAAAUAGCCCUCAGUAAAAAUGUGGGUGGACACUCUGUUAGUUCUAAACUCAAAGAUUGGUUAAUUUCAAGGCAGAGGUACUGGGGAACACCUAUACCUAUAAUACAUUGUAAGAAAUGUGGCGCGGUUCCGGUGCCAUAUGAAGAUCUUCCUAUAGAACUGCCCAAAAUUGAGUUUCAAAAUUCAGGUAUACAAACAUUAGAGAAAUUAGACGAAUGGGUAAACUGUAAAUGCCCCAAAUGUCAAUCUGAUGCAAAAAGAGAAACUGAUACCAUGGACACAUUUGUUGAUUCUUCAUGGUAUUACUACCGUUUUUUGGAUCCAACUAAUAAAGAAAUGCCUUUUUCUAAAGAAAAAAUUGAUGGGCGAAUGCCAGUUGACAUUUAUAUUGGGGGCAAGGAACAUGCAGUGCUGCAUUUAUAUUAUGCUCGAUUUAUGAGUUACUUCUUGCAUUCUCUCGGAUGGACACCUACAAAAGAGCCAUUCAAGAAACUUGUGGUGCAAGGAAUGGUCAUGGGCCAAUCAUAUAAAUUGAAAGAUUCUGGAAAAUAUUUACCAUCAGAAGAAGUAGAAAAAGUCGGUAAACAAUAUAGGGAGAAAGGUACGGGACAAGCUGUAAUAACUCAAUGGGAAAAAAUGAGCAAGUCCAAAUACAAUGGAGAAAGUCCUGAGAGGCUAAUUUCAACCUACGGGUGCGAUACAACUCGGCUGCUUAUCCUCGCAGAUGUCCCACCAGCAACACCAAGGCGGUGGUCAGAUGCAACGUUACCUGGCGUGCUGAAUUGGCAGCACCGAUUAUGGAUGACUAUGAGAGAAUUCUUAAAAUAUCGUAAUAAUAUGCCUUCUCAAAAUAUUUUAUCUCCAGAACAAUUUAAUAAAUAUGAAUACAAAAUAUGGGACUCAAGAAAUUAUUUGAUUGCUACUACAACUUACCAUUUUAAGUACACACAAAAAAUCAGUGUUGGCAUCUCGAGACUACAAAGUCUAACCAGCGUGUUAAGGAACAAGCUACCACCCGAAGUAUUGGCUAAAAGUAAGGAAUUCGAAAAAGCUUUAGCAGUUUUAAUAAUAAUGCUGGCUCCAGUGACGCCGCAUUUUUGUUCCGAGCUGUGGGCUGGUUUACAGUCGGCACCACAUAGAAUAUGUGACGCAUCGAAUCUGAUCAACUGGGAUAAAAAUGUCUUGGAACAGACCUGGCCACAAGUAGACGAUCAAUAUGAAUUAUCAUUUCUAUGUAAAGUGGAUGGAGCAGACCGAUGUGAACUUAAAAUAAAAGCUAGCGAUCUUGUAAAUCUCGACCAUGAGAAGGCAUUACAAAUCAUGCUCAAUGAAGAAUCAGUCCAACAAAGACUCAAAUCGGAUAUACACAAGACCAAAUUCGAACUGUAUCCUUACUGUCGUGCAAUAUUACAUAUUUUUCCGAAAAAGAAUGUUAAACAAAUAAAAGUAGCUGAAACAGUCAUGUAAUAAAAACUAGUGUAGCAAUAA